AUGGGCUCACGGAGAAUAACAACACACGGCUCUUUUGGCAAUGGAAGAUCGAGUAGUGGGGAGGAAAACGGUGUUAACAGCCGGCCUGGUAGCUGCAGCUACCUCUCCAACGUGAGGCCAGAGAACAGGUAUACUGUCAGCAUCACUGCACUGUGCUCCUUCUUGUUGAAGUAUCCAUCAAACAGUAUAGUUUGUAUGGGGGAGUAUCAUGUCAUUUGUAACUUAUUCUGCAGCACAUAUGUUGUUGUAGUUGUGAAAGUAGUUUGGAUGUUACGUACUUAUAUGUUGCCAUGGUGACUGACUAGAGUUUCAGCAAACUGUUGAUUAAGAACCGCGUCUCUAUUAUGCAACAGGGGUCUUGUUUUGCAUCAUGCAUUACACAAACAACAGCUUCUGCAUGGAAAGAUUUUUGCAACCAGCCAAAGGAGUUGACCUCAAGGUUCAGCUCUAUAAAGAUUCCUCUCUUCAGAGUUGAGGCCCUUUUCAAAGAUCGUCUGGAGUGAUAGCAAUGGUUUGUUGUCAGGCAGACGCAGAGUGGCUUUCAUAACAUAUGGGCUUCUGUUCAUUCUCUAUAACUCUCAGAUUGUUUAACAUUUUUGGAGAAUUUGUAACAUUAUUAUCUUCUAAAAAUAAAAAGAAAAACUGAUUUUUAGCUUUAUGUAUCUCUGUAGGAGUAAUAACAGUUUUCCAACAGCUGAUAGCAAUGCAGACUGUUUCAGAGCAGGUCAACUGGAUGCCAAUAUAAGAUUUAAUUACUGCUUUUUGCAUCUGCUGAAAUAUCACAUUUUAUUGUCACAACAGCAAUUAUUCUAUGCACAUUACAAUAGAAUAUACAUAAUUAGCUUAGACAGAAACGUGUUUUAGACCGACCCCUGAAACUCCAUGACAUAUUUAUGUCAGAGGCAAGGCUUUACAUCUAUCCUGUUUAUUUUAAAAUUGAUCAGCUCGACCACUUCAUCGGUCUGUCUUUAAUCUCAGUGAAGAUAAGGUUAUCAAAAUCGCAUGAAUGCAAUAUGCUGUUAGAAUUAAUUUUGACAAAUUUAUGGUCGUUUUUUUCAUAUAUUCGCAACAAGAGAGGAACAGUGAGUGUCACAGAGUUUUAAAAAGGAAAUGACAGCACACUCAUUAUUAUGCUGCGAGUCAUACAGCUCACUGUUGAAGGGGGAUUGAUUGAGUGGUAAGUGUUCAGUGUUGCUCAAUCAUUUGUUACAUGCAAUGAGAUGUAAAUGUCUCCUUUAGCUGUGAACUGGCUCAUCACUGAGCAGGACGUCAUCAGCAGACAUGGAUCAUUUGCACAUCAUAUGUGCAAACACCAUGCUCUUAUAUGCAUGCAAGCCCACAUCACUUUGUGUUAUUUGAUGCUCAUGUAUAAAUGUGCGUGAUGUCUGGGUGUGAUGUGUUCUUCACAUUUCCACAUGCUAUAUGGUUCACUUCUCUUGACCCAUUCAUUAUCUUUAUUGAGACAGUAAUUUUUAUAAUUAAUGUCAUAUGUGAUGAUUAUAUUGUCAAUGAACAUACAAAAUAACUCCAUAGCUAUAAAAGUUAAGGAUUGUGAGUCACAGGUUUUUUUUCUUUCUCAUGUGGUAUGUCAAAAAAGUCAUUUUUGUGAUCCUUGUAAAAUAUGUUAAACAUCUAGUCAUCUCUGCUGAGCUUCCUCAAAACCUUUGAAUAACAAGUUUGAUGGUUUUACUUCAGAGGAUUAUUUCACGUUUGGUAAACCACAAUAAAGAAAGAUAUCUGAAAUCUGGUGAUGGCUAUGAACUUUAUUUAAUAUACAAUAGAACAUUUUAAAGCCUUCUUUUAACCUUCAUGAAUUCAAAGCUUCAUAUCUUGCUUCUGGUUACUGCUCAGCACCAGUAAACAAUAAUACCUUUACAACUGGGCUGACCAGCUCUGUUUUCUUCACAGGAGUACACUCUGCAGUGUGAUAGCCCAGUUAACAGAGGAAACACAGCCUUUCUUUGAAAUUACCCUCAAGUCCAGAGCUGUGUCUGAAAACUGCAAUGUGAAGUUCUCCUGUGUGGUUACAGGUAAACAUUGCUUCACUGUUUUCACUGUUAUUCACACUUUCUAGAAUUUUUUUUUUUACAUCAUUACUGUAAAAUUAGAGCAAUUAAAAAAUAACCUUUAUUGCAGUGUGAAUGCAAAAAUAAUGACAUCUUGGUACUCUGCAAGGCAUGUACAAUACAUCUAUUUUUACCUUACUUCAACAGAAAUUGUCGACUUUCUUGUGGUUGACAACAUUUUUGCUUUUCCUUUAGGACACCCAACUCCUCAAGUUAUUUGGUAUAAGGAUGAUAUGCAGUUAGACAGAUACUGUGGGCUGCCGAAAUAUGAAGUAUUCCGCAAUGGACAAAGCCAUUCCCUGCACAUCUACAAGUAUGUAUGUUUGGAAAUGAUCAUUUAAAAUGUUAUUGUAACUGUUCAAAUAAAGUCGACUUUUUCCCUUAUACAAUGGCAUGUAAAAGGCACUCCAAUGGUUGCAUUGUUGUGUAUUGUUUCUAAUAAAAAGUUAUUAACAUGAAAAUAGUUCAGCAACAUAUUAGCAACACCUGAUUUAAUCAAUUAGACUGAGAGAAUCUUAAUGAAGACAAUUAAAGUGGGUUUUUCUUUGCAGUUGUACACCAGAUGAUGCAGCAAUCUACCAGGCUUCAGCCAGCAACAGUAAAGGCAUCGUGGCCUGUUCUGGAGUUCUCGAAGUGGGUGAGAUGAACGAGUACAAGAUCCACCAGCGCUACUUUGGCAAGCUCAAACAAAAGGCUGAGAACAAACGCAGAGAAACAGAGGGUAAAGAAAACCAGGAACCAUUUCGAACCAUCAGUCCAGACCGCACACAGAGAAAGAGGCGAUCCACAAUGGACGCCUUUCUCAGCGCACCAAGCUCCACUGAAGAUGAGAACGAUGAGGUAAAACCUCAGGUAGUAGCUGUGGAGACAGAAGCAAGGUUACAGGAGACAGCUGUGGAGGAAGUGGAGGAGAAACCCGUCCCCAUUAUCAAUGGAGAGGUCUCUGCUGUAACAAAUGGACAUGCUGUCAGUGAAAACAUUAACAAGAGUGGGACAUACAUUUUGGACUCUGUCCAGAAGAUCUUUACUGCACAAAAACCCAAAACUCCCUUUGUCAAGAAGAAGCUUAAAAUUUCCAGCAAUGCCAAAGUUGCAAAAUCAGAUGCCCCAGGACAGAGAACAAAUGAGGAGAAAAGGGCCAUGACACCUGGAGUUGUGUCCCCUAAAGAACCAGUGCAGCCUGGAAGAAAUUCAGAAGAGGUUAUGGAAGUAGAGGACACCGCAUCUUCAUCAGUCAGCUCAAACUAUAGAAAGGUUAAGGUACAACCUCAAAAAUCUGAAAAAGUGGAAGUACUCCCUACUGAAAGGCCUUCAAAGAAUAAAAGUGUAACCUUGCCCUCACAAAAAGAGCCGCUCACCUCUCCAAGAGCUACUGCUUCUACUUCUACAACUUCUACUCAUACUUCACCUGCAGUUCUGUCCCCCAAAGAGCCAGUGCAGCCUGGAGCAAAUUCAGAGGAGGUUAUGGAAGUAGAGGACACUGCAUCUUCAUCAGUCAGCUCAAGCCAUAGAAAGGUUAAGGUACAACCUCAAAAAUCUGAAAAAAUGGAAGUACUCCCUCCUGAAAGGCCUUCAAAGAACAAAAGCGUAACCUUGCCUUCACAUAAAGAGCGGCCCACCUCUCCAAGAUCUCUCCAAGACCGUGCUUCUACUUCAACUACUUCAACUACUUCAACUACUUCUACUCGUACUUCACCAGGAAUUAUAAAGAGGCUAGCUGCAAAGCACGAGGACAGUGGUAGCAAAGAAAAGGAGAAAAAGUUGGAAAUGCAGAAGAUAACUCCACAUUUUAAUGCAGCACAGUUGCAGCAAAAAGCUGCAGAAGCAAAACAACAAAGCAGGAGAAAAAUUAAAGAGGACGUUUCUAAAACAGAACAAGUUUCAAUCAUGGAUGUCGAUGAGAAGUCAAAUCCUAAAACUGGAAGAUCUAUACCACACACAGGCAUUCAGUCAAAGAAUUCACCAAGUGAAAACUCGACUGUUUCACCUCAGCGUCCAUGUGAACAGGCUGCUGAUCAGCUGUCUGGGACGGAAACAAGCCCCCGCCAAAAAAAUGUUUCUGUGUCUGGGCCAGCGCUGCUGAGUGAGGUGGGUGAGGUUUGUCGCAUGAGCUCAUAAGUGCUUUGUGCUGCCAACACAGGCCUCAUAAGUAACACAACCAUCCCACAGCUAUUAAUAGCUUCUACAAGUAUGCCCUGCUGUGUGACAAGAAUUAAAUGACGCACAUGUUGACAGAUGAAACAGGUAUACUAACGCAAUGAAUCUGAUACCGUCUCAGAGUUAGCCUUCCCAGAAAUUUGGAAUUGUUCUUACACAGUCUAUGUUUUUAGCAUAUGGAAAAACAUAUUACUUCCGUAGCAGCAGAUUUAUAUUUAUGUAAACAUGCUUAUUUAUGCCAAGAGUUAGAUAAGAGAAAUGAUACCUCUUUUGAGUCUGUCUAAUUCUCGUAGGGACGGUUAGCUUAGCUUAGUCAGACUGGACAUAUGACGAAUAAGCAAACCUGUUUUUAUGAGACUGUAAAUUUUCACGCUUUAAUUUUUGACAAAUUAAACAGCUGAGAUAUGACGAAGAAGUUAUUAUGUGAAAGGGCAAGCAAGCUAUUCUCUUUUGUUUCCCUGACCAGAGUAAGCUAGCAGCAGCUGAACGUUAGCUUAAAGCAGAUACGCUGUAGCAGUGCUAACAGAGCUAAUACCAUGUGCUGAGCCUCUGAUUGUGACUCAGUUAUACUGCAUUGUACAAAUAACUAACCAUUUCUAUUAGCAGAAUACACUUCAAGGAUUUCACGAAUGUUCAUUAAGAAACUUAAAAUGCACUUGUUCUCCUGUUUGGAUCACGAACCUUUGUUGUCUACUGCGUUUGCAAUCAUCCAGUCUCCAUCUGCAGGGUCAAACUCUUACAACACUGAGUGCUGAGAGAAAGCACUGAUCAGCUGAAGCACCUCUUAAAAUGAUUCACAUUCCUUUCUGACUACAUUUACAUGUGACCAGCUGAGAGUUAGGAGCCACAAGUUGGGCCCUAACUAGUGGCUCCUAUGGGCUCUUAAGGAGUUUGCAGCUCAUGGAUAAAAUAUGGGGCCGGGCUAUUUAAGGCAUUUAGGCAAUAAAAUCCCCUCUUAAACUCACAGAUAGCAGGUGAAAGGUACCAAAUGCUCAAUGUUGACAGCCUGGCAGCAGCAUUUCCAGUUAAUAGCAUUCUUUGGAUGUUGUGCUUGCUGAUAACAAAAGACAGUGCAUUACAGUAGUUAAGUCUAGGAGGAAUAAAUGCAUAGAUUACUAUAUUUUAGGAGACAGAAACAGCCUGAUUUGAGUUCAUAGUCUUAAAUGAGCCAUGCAUUUUUAAGUCUUUUUUGCAGUUACAAUUUCAGUGAGAUGGAGGCUGAAUAAAGACAGUGAUCUUUGAACUUUAUACAUGGCUUGAAUCCAGAUCUAUCUGUGAUAAAGCGACAUAUGACACAGGGAACCCUCAUGCUAAUUUAAAAGGUGUUUCAGCUGAGUGCUGGACUUUACAGGGAGUUAAUGCUUACACACAUGCUUGCACGGCCCUGACCUAUAGAAAGAGCAGUAUAACAUACUCAUGUUCCACCAAAUCACACCCCAAAUACUCAGCCAUUCAGUUUUAUAAGGAUUGCAAAGCAGGUACUUAAACUUUGGCCAACAGGAUAGAUUGUUCUUAAAGGUGAUGUAUUUGGGCCAUCGUAGAAUUUAGAUAUUUUCUUCUUUAAAUUAAGAAGCUACUUGAGAUAUUUCUAAACAGGUUCUCAGUCAUGGUGAUAAAGUUUAAUUAAAAAAAAAAAUACAGCUUGUCUUGGAUGAAGAUGCCUUGCCUCUCAUUUGGAAGCUGAAAAACUUCCUAUUUUUUAGAUUAAACUUUAAAUUACCAAAGGAGUCUUACAAGAUUUUCCAAUCCGUCAACAUGAAAAGAAACUCUUUUUUCAAUCAUUUUAACCUUUUCUGCUGACAUUUAUGUGAAAAUUGAUGAUAGAACAGGCAAAGGGAAGAUUUCCAUCAUUUGCUUUUCUUCUGUUCAUAAAUGUCUUUUUGCUUGGAGGUCUUUUCACUCUGUUCUCUGUUUGUUGUUGGAUACGCUGUUGCUGUUUUUAAAAUUACAUGUGUUUAUCCAUGUUCUGCAUAGCCAGGGAUGAGUAUUUACAGCAUGGAAAACCUCUGAUGUGUUAUGUCCCAAGGUUACACAGGCCCAUACAACGAUGAACAGGAAUGACGCACCUGUCAUCCUUGAGCUCCCACUCAAACCGUGCACAAUGGACGUACGAUCGCCACAAAAGACUCCAUCUGUAAAAGAGACGACAACAACGAAUGACAUCCAGACCCAUUCUUUGCAAAGUGUUCCUCAAGCAGCCGCGGACAAAAUGGCACAGGACACACAGGAUCAUAGCAGGGGAUCAAAUAUAAGCCAUACGGUGGUUUAUACAGACCUACGGAAGUCAUCCCUCCAAAGCUCUGGUCAUGCCAAGAACUCCCCAGGGUGUAAUGUUCCUCCCAGCGCCAACCAAAGCCAAGAUGAUACAGCCAUAAAAACUGCUGAAGGCACAGAAGCACAAGUUGUUGAGAAGGUAGAGAGGAUUGAGAGGGCAGAGAGUGAUGAGUUUGGGAGGACAUUAGCGCAGCCUGACAGCUGGGCACCAAAGGAGAGAGAGGCUGAAAUGGAGACUGAAACUGCUGCUCCAAGCCUGACUGAACAAGCAGGAACAGAAGAACUCCCAGAGGCCUCAUAUCCACAAACUGAAGCUGUCGUUGUGAAUGCAGCUGAUAGAGAAAGAGAGAAGAAUACAAAAGUAAUAGAAAAAAUAGAGAAAGGUCCUCCAAAAAUAAACAGUCUGAGCUCAAAUAUGAGUGAGCCAGCUGUGCCGCUCCAAACAAAAACUCAAGAAAUUACAGACACGUGCCAACCACCGAUUCAAAAAUUCCAAGAAGUUAAAAAACCUGCAACAACGGUCAUAUCUAUAGCUGAACUUCUGAGAGCACAAAUCAAAGCUCUUGAGUCUACACUCGAGAAUUCAUUGAACAUUUUACCGUUCCACGCUGACCAUGUGCAAGAUGAACUUGCUACGGACUCACAAAAGGAGUUAAAAGAUGGAAACACCAAACUAGGAGACAGAAAGUCACUGCUUGCAAGAGGGACAGAGUCGUACUUUGCUCCUCUCAGAAACAUAAAGGAAACCUUGAUGGAAGUUUAUUAUCAGCUCAAUGGAACAGAUCAGGAGCUAAUUACAGCUCAGGUUGAAACCUCACCACCUGUUAAAAAAGCGAUGGUAAUCCCAACUAUGUCUGGUGAAGAAACUGGCACUACUUUAGAGACUGCAGGACUUCAUGGUGGCGCCAAGGAAUAUAUUGAAUGUGUGAUGGAUAUUCGCCCAGAAACUAAAGCAUCAGCCGUGGCUCCUCCGAAACAUUCCCCUGAUGUUUCCCUUUCUGGAGGUGAGAGUGUUCAUGUACCUCCUUCACCUUCUAAGGAAGAUUUGAUUUGUAGUCCGAUUUCAAAAGUUUCUGGGAGUGUCACACGAGAAGCUGAGACUCCACUUGCGGUGACACCUAUAAAAGCUGAGAGUGAAGGGUCAAAUAUUACUGUUUUGGAGCAUGCUAAAGAUGAACCUGUCCCCAGCAAAGGCAUAGAAGUUGCACAAAGGUUAACUCCAGAGAUUAAACACAGCAGCAAAAGUGAAAGCAGCAGAAGUGAAAGCAGCGUUGGUGAAACGAAUUCUGACACACCUUUAGAUCAAGACAAAGUGGAAGACCACAGCCUAAAAAAUGUCUCUUUGUCCAGUUUCGUAAAGUUACCCAAUGAAAAUAUGCUUGGCACAAAUGCUCAAGAGGAUAAAAUUCAACCUAUUCCUCAAGAUAAGGAGUCCCCAAAGACUGACUCCCCAGCCAGUCCAACUCCUGAAGCCAGUCCUUCACUAAGGAGAAGAAACUGUGUUUCUCCUAUUCCAUCCGCCACGCCACAAGAGCUAGCUUCUGGAGCCAGACGCAAAAUCAUCAUACCCAAGGCCAAGGCUGAGGAGGCUGCGAACCCCACAUCACCAACUGAUAAUCAGUUUCCUAAGAAGGAGGUUUCCACACAAAGCAACAGGCUGUCUCCGAGUCCUGUGACCCUUUCUACGUCUCCAAGCCUCUCAAGACGCUCACCUCUGCAGCAGCCGCAAAGUGAGCCAACCUCUCCAACCUCUCCAACUGAUAAUCAGUUUCCUAAGAAAGAAGUUUCCACACAAAGCAACAGGCUGUCUUCGAGUCCUGUGACCCUUUCUACAUCUCCAAGCCUCUCAAGACGUUCACCUCUGCUGCAGCCGCCAAGUGAGCCAACCUCUCCUGCAGAAAAGCACUCUCCACUCUUCAGCAGGAGGAAGAUGGCACCCGAGGCGCCAACACCUAGCCAGCAGCCCAGUCAGGAGAUUCCAACUCCCAAAACUGAGGGGAAGCCUGCAGAGAAGGACAAGCGAGACCCAUUCAAAGGUAAAAUAAGAAAACGCUGACCUAAGCAAAUGUUAUGCACCGGCUAGACCAAAAUGUUUGAGCUAGAAAUGAUCCACAACAUCAAGUCUGUUUGAAUUUAGAAUUACAGACACAUGGUUUUUGAUCAUUAAGCCUCUGGAAACCAGAACCUUAGCCUGUCAAACUCUUGAAAAGCCCUCUCAAGUCCUCUUGCUUCUCUCUUGCCCCUGCCUCUUAACAUGUUGACAGACAAUGUUCCCCACAUGUAGAUUUUAAUUGGGAGUGCCAUCCGGGUAUAUUUAUGACCUUCCAAGCAGAUUUGCCGAGCAUUACACUUCUUAAACCUGUGUAUGAUCGCCAUCUGAGAGUGAUUAACCAGCGUGUGAUCUGCACUCAUUCUGCUGUGUAUGAUCAGAGGGAGACAGACUCAAUGACCUUCCUUAAAUGCAGUGAUUUUAGUGCCACAUCUCAGGUUGAUAUUAAGCUCGGUGAUGUUUUCAUUGUUUUGCUGGGCUGCCAGCCUUUUAGUUUUGCCUCAUCAUCAGAAUAAAUCUCCCAGGGCUCAGUUGAGCACUUGCACCAGUUUGGCUCAGCUGGCCGCGCUGACACCUGUGUACAGGAGCUAAAGUCCUUGUUGCACUGGAUCGAUUCCACGUCCUGGCAUCAGGAUUUGGUGCAUGUCAUCACCCUCCCAAUGGUACUAGUUUGUCCAUCCUGUGCCAAGAUGGCAGCCUCCAUGAAAGGGUACCCACCUCUACAUAGAUAUUAAAGGCAGAUUUCAAGUUAACCAAAAUUGAGUUUGAUAUCUAGCGGGCUAUACAAAAAUUCAAACAAAUGAUAAAUAUUUCAUUCCAUUUCCACUAAGUGUGUCCCGCUAAAUGCAACUAAUUUCAACACACUGCACCUUUAAUUCUCUGUCAUUUAAAAAAUGGAAGAAGACAACAUUUCUCCUCUUUCCUUGUGAUUAAAAUUCAUUUAUACCAGGAUCUAGUCUGAACUUUGGUGCAAAAUUCACAGAGAGCAUGUCUGAGUGUUUUCUUAGAAGUUUUCUUACAGGGAACCAGUCUUUUAAAUAAAGCAGCUUUAGGAACUGGUCAGAGCUGCUGUGAAUCUUCUGCACUGAUGUUUUAACUCUCCUCCCUGUCUCCAUCUAUGCAUAUAGCAUAAGUCCUAUUUCAUUUCACUUAAUGCCAUUGUAGCACGUUAGUCUUUGUUGUCCACCGUAGACAGUUUUUUAUACUAAAUACGGAAAUUCAAUCUUUUUACACAGAUGGUUUGAGUGUGAUAUGUAAUGAUUAAAUGCUCAGUGGUGAUUAAAAAAACAACAGGCCACAGCAGUGUGUUAAGAUAUGCAGAUUUAUUUCUAAAGAAUUUACAAAGUAAUUAGUUGGACUUAUUUUGAAUGUUUGGGUUGUUUCAGCGUACACAUCACUAUAUCCCGAAAUUCCCUUCGUUGAAGUCAAUCAGAAUGUGUCCCUGCAGAAGAUCAUACUAAAAGAAGUACUGUAACAAUUGACAGUGGUACACAAAUCAUAAAAUCUUUUGUUGUUGUGAACUACUUAUACCAUGUCUGCAUACUGCGCAGUGUAUUCAGUGUCCAAAUGUUAAAUUGGCAAUUGAGUUUAGCUAUUAAGAGGCAAUAGUUUCUUAAUGUAUAAUGAUAUACAAUUAUGUUUUGUAUUAAAUGGACACUUUGGUGGAUUUUUGGCUACAAAGGAGCCAAUAAAGUAUAUUUCAGACUGUAAGUUAAAUAUUUAAGUGGCUUGAUUAUGCACAUCUUAAACAUGUUGUCUGUGUUGGGUCUCCUGCUUCUCCUUCAGCUCCUCAAGUUAUCCGUAAGAUCCGGGUAGAAACCUUUGCGGACACCUCUGGACACUUGAAGCUGUGGUGCCAGUUUUUUAACGUUCUUGGUGAAUCCACCAUCAAAUGGUACCGAAAUGAAGUGGAGAUUGCUCAGAUUAAAAGAAAGUAAGUACCUAGAGUGAUCUGGUAGAAGAUCUGUUUGAUUCUUUUUCACAUUUCUUCACAAACUCCAAAAAAAAGGGCACGUUUUGGUUACUUUUUUGUGUGUGUUUUAGUGCAGGGGAUGAAACUCAGGUCAACCUUGCCGUUGUUCAGGCAUCAUGCAAAGACUCUGGUGUUUAUGGAUGUUCAAUCACAAAUGAAUAUGGGACUGACUCAUCAGACUAUCUUCUCAGUGCAGAUUGUAAGUAUUUUCCUUUCUCCGACACAAGGAUCAUGUUGUUUACCUGUAUAUCACCGAGCUUCAACAAUCUCACAGUUUUUUGCUUGUUUGUUCCAGUUAUGGCCGGACUGUCUAUACGCGAAGACCUUGGUGGUAAGAUAACAUUUCAUGUGUUCUGUCUCCUUAUUGCUCCUGCUUUAGAGCCGAUCAAAUGCUUCACUGACUACAACUCCCAUACUUUUGUGUGCAGUUGGAGAGGAAAUCGAAAUGACUCCCAUGAUAUUCAGCAGAGGAGUGGCUGACUCUGGUGGUUGGGGUAACAAAUUCUUUGGCCGUAUAAUGAUGCAGGAAUCUCGUAUUGGUGAUGGAUGUUCACACAAAGUCUGGAGGGCAAAGGUCAUCUAUGGUCUGGAGCCUGUGUUUGAGUCUGGCAACACAUGUAUCAUUAAAGUAUGCAAUCCUAUCACCUAUGGAGGCAAAGGAGAGAGCUCCCUCACUGACAGGAACCUGGACGUUGUCAAGCAGGUGCGUCAGACAAGCUUGAGUUUGUUUUGAUGUGCCUCUUCUUAAAUUUGCAUAUAUUAUAAUAUCACAGAGAAACUGAGCAUUAAAAUGGGAUAGUACGAAGUAAGCAGGCAUCAUCCUGUCAUCCAUGUGGGAUUACUGUGGUAUUAAUCCAGUGAAGAUUGGAAAUAUAUGUAUAUACCUGCGUAGGUAGAGCUUAUCUCUUCUGAAUAUUUUCCAAUGUUUUGCACACAGGAGUGUAAGAUUCAGAACUUGGCUCGUGAGUACUGCAAGAUCUUCACAGCAGAGGCAAGGGUGAUUGAACACUUUGGUCCCUGUCUUGAGUGAGUACGAUCAGUAUCCUUCUGUGUUCAAUUGACAGUACAAAAGUUAUCAAGCAUCCCUGAAGGUGAUUCACAUCAUGUCAAUCUUUGUUUUACAGAGUGAACCCAGUCUACUUGAUGUAUCGUCCAGCAAACACUGUCCCGUAUGCCACAGUGGAGACUGAUCUGACUGGAGACUACCAGAAGUACUCUACCCUGGAUCAUACAGGCAAACUCCACAUGAAGACAGGCUCUGAGAUGGAGCGCAAGUGCUGUACCCUGCAGCACUGGAUCUACCAGUGGACCAGUGGAAAUCUGCUGCUCACUCGGCUGGAGGGUGAGUCAAACUAGAAUUUAACAGCAAAAUGUAAACAAUAGCAAAGUGAAUUUGAAGUAGUUAGGAAGGCUCAAAUCAUUUUCAUACAUUAACUUUUAUUUGGUCAAAUAUGGUUUACAAUUAGAAAAUGUGUGAGAAUAAAAUGUUUGCUGACCUAAUGAAGUUUUUACCUUUUCAAUCUUGAUCUUGAGGUCAUAACUCAAAAAAUUUCAGUGCUAUAAAUACUCAUCUAAGGCAAAAAAAUAAGGUUUGGAAAAGUAAGUAAGUAGGCUAUUCUAGUUAUCAAUGGAUGAGAGGCAGGGUGCACUCUGGACAGGUUUCCAAUCUAUAGUAAAAAACAACCAUUCACGCUCACUCCUACUUUCAUUCAUGGUGCAGAAUUUACAACAUUAGCGUUAUUUUAUUAGCAGUCUUAUAGAUUCAGACAAUGACAGCAGCAUCAGUCAGGAUCAUCAGUUAAGUGGACUUAUUGCAGGCCUGAGACAGACACAGAUAUAAGAUCCUUCUUCUCUCAAUGUCAGAAAACCAGUGUUUUUAUUUCUGCACAAAAGGAUAGACAAUACCAGGCCCAUUUUUUCCAGAACUCAACAAUAAUUACAGAGACACUCCCAACGAAAUCACCCACUAUUGCUUUAAAUCUCUGUGGCCCCAUGCAAAAGAGGGCAGCAGGCCUCUUCCUUAACUGAACAGGCAACGGUUUUGUUUAAGUCUUGGCCAAACUUCAGUUCCUCGUAUACAGACAUGACUCAGAAAGUUUAACUUGAACAAAGAAAAACAAGACAGAUUCUGUGACUAGCAAUGGACUUAAGUCAGACAAGCGUAACUGUUCAGAUCUUCACAAAGUGUGGUCAAGUGAAGCUCAAAAGCACACUUGCAUUUACCUCAUGAGGCUAUCAGUGGCUCCAACUAAUGCAAUUUUCAAACUCAGCCUUUUGAUAAAUAAGGGCAUGCAUUUUCUUAACGAUUCCAUAAAACUGUAUAACAAACAUGCUUUGUACAGCUGAAUAAUGCUCAUACAAUUUUUAUUCUUUUUGCCAUCAAAGACUCAAAGUGGAGAUAAUUCGCAUUUCAUUUCUUUCACUUUUGCAUUUUUCUGAACUAAAGAAAAAAGUAACGUCAUGGUGUCAUUUUGCAGGCGUGGACUGGAAGAUCACCGGUGUUGGAAUUUCAGUCAAAUCAACAGGGUUAGUAUAUUUGUAUUGUGUUGAUCCAGUCAGUUCAACAUGUAAUUUACAUUCAUAUUGAUCAGGAGUGGACCAACUGUUUUUUUUUUUUUGUGUGCGUGCGUGUGUGUGUUUGUGUGUGUGUGUGUGUGUGUGUGUGUGUGUGUGUGUGUGUGUAACUGCAGGCAUCUGGGUCUUUCUAUUGAAGGGAAUCCCAAAGUUUUUGAGCAGUUCAUUUCACAGCAUCAGUGUAACUACUUCUGUGGUCUACUUGGCUUGAGGUCACUAAAGGUCAUGGACUCUUUGUUGACACCAACAAAACCUAAAGGCUCCAGAAGUCCAUUACUACAACGCAAAACAGCUGCCGGCUCCUCCAGUCCUCAGACCGCCCGAAAAGCCACUGGCAGCCCCAGGAUGCCAAGGAAGACCGAACAAGAGGGUAGAAGCACCCCAACCCAGCAAAAAGCCACUGAGGUCCCUAAAGUUGCUCAAAUGGAGUAG